UUGUGUUGUUUCAUUAUUUACCCACAAGACUCGAGAAGUGCUGUUACACGUGCAUGCGGCAUUGUAUUUUAAAACGCCGUAUCUUCUAAACAUCUUAUUUCUAUACAAAAUGGGCAAGAUAAAGGUAGAGAAACCAGAUUCCGAAAUAGACACCACAAUCGUUAAGGAAGAGGAUACUUAUGAUGAGAAACUCAAAAAUGCGAAUGCGAUCUCUCAGCCCAUGGCGCCGAAGAAACUAACCAAGAAGAUUCAUAAACUCAUCGAAAAAGCCUCAAAACACAAAUCUUAUUUACGUAACGGAUUGAAGGAUGUCCAAGUUCGUCUGAGGAAAGGUGAAACAGGGAUUGUCAUUUUCGCUGCAGAUGUAACCCCGGUGGAGAUCAUGUGCCAUUUGCCCGCUGUUUGUGAGGAACGUAAUAUCCCAUAUUGCUAUACACCGAGCCGGAAGGAUUUGGGAGCAGCAAUGGGGGUGAAACGAGGCACAGUCGCAAUGCUAAUCAGAGAGCACCCCGAUUAUCAAGAACAGUUCGACAAACUGAAGGUGGAAUUUAACACUCUGCCGAUGCCGUCGUAGAUAAUAUGCUGCGUGGAUGAUGUACGAAAUUUUAAGGACAUUAGAUUUUUCCGCUUUAUGAGUAAUAAGUAACUAUAAAAUAUAAUUGAGUAAUAAGAGGUUUGAACUGAAUAAAUGGAGAAACUCCAUUGGAGAGCAUUUUGAAGUUUAA